CGUUAGCUCACCCCUUUCUGUUCGUGGACGCUGCCGAGGAAGCAUCGUUAAAGUCUUACCUCUGCCGUCAUGUCUAAGUCAGAGUCUCCUAAAGAGCCCGAACAGCUGCGGAAGCUCUUCAUCGGAGGGUUGAGCUUUGAAACAACUGAUGAGAGUCUCAGGAGCCAUUUUGAGCAGUGGGGAACACUCACGGACUGUGUGGUAAUGAGAGAUCCAAACACCAAGCGCUCCAGGGGCUUUGGGUUUGUCACAUAUGCCACUGUGGAGGAGGUGGAUGCAGCCAUGAAUGCAAGGCCACACAAGGUGGAUGGAAGAGUUGUAGAACCAAAGAGGGCUGUCUCAAGAGAGGAUUCUCAAAGACCAGGUGCCCACUUAACUGUGAAGAAGAUCUUUGUUGGUGGUAUUAAAGAAGACACCGAAGAACAUCACCUGAGAGAUUACUUUGAACAGUAUGGGAAAAUUGAAGUGAUUGAAAUCAUGACUGACCGAGGCAGUGGCAAGAAGAGAGGCUUUGCUUUUGUAACCUUUGAUGACCAUGACUCUGUGGAUAAGAUUGUCAUUCAGAAAUACCAUACUGUGAAUGGCCACAACUGUGAAGUAAGGAAAGCCCUGUCAAAGCAAGAAAUGGCUAGUGCUUCUUCCAGCCAAAGAGGUCGAAGUGGUUCUGGAAACUUUGGUGGUGGUCGUGGAGGUGGUUUUGGUGGGAAUGACAACUUUGGUCGUGGAGGAAACUUCAGUGGUCGUGGUGGCUUUGGUGGCAGCCGUGGUGGUGGUGGAUAUGGUGGCAGUGGGGAUGGCUAUAAUGGAUUUGGUAAUGAUGGUGGUUAUGGAGGAGGCGGCCCUGGUUACUCUGGAGGAAGCAGAGGCUAUGGAAGUGGUGGACAGGGUUAUGGAAACCAGGGCAGUGGCUAUGGCGGGAGUGGCAGCUAUGACAGCUAUAACAACGGAGGAGGCGGAGGCGGCUUUGGCGGUGGUAGUGGGAGCAAUUUUGGAGGUGGUGGAAGCUACAAUGAUUUUGGCAGUUACAACAAUCAGUCUUCAAAUUUUGGACCCAUGAAGGGAGGAAAUUUUGGAGGCAGAAGCUCUGGCCCUUAUGGUGGUGGAGGCCAAUACUUUGCCAAACCACGAAACCAAGGUGGCUAUGGUGGUUCCAGCAGCAGCAGUAGUUAUGGCAGUGGCAGGAGGUUCUAACUAACUUCCAGGAAACAAAGCUUAGCAGGAGAGGAGAGCCAGAGAAGUGACAGGGAAGCUACAGGUUACAACAGAUUUGUGAACUCAGCCAAGCACAGUGGUGGCAGGGCCUAGCUGCUACAAAGAAGACAUGUUUUAGACAAUACUCAUGUGUAUGGGCAAAAAAAACUGAGGACUGUAUUUGUGACUAAUUGUAUAACAGGUUAUUUUAGUUUCUGUUCUGUGGAAAGUGUAAAGCAUUCCAACAAAGGGUUUUAAUGUAGAUUUUUUUUUUUUUUUUUUUUUUUUUUUUUGCACCCAUGCUGUUGAUUGCUAAAUGUAAUAGUCUGAUCAUGACGCUGAAUAAAUGUGUCUUUUUUUAAA